CCUUUUUUCUGUCUCCAGGAUAGUUAUCCAUUCGCAGGAGAAAGAAAACUCUGAUCCGGAUUAUAUUCCCAUCAACAGCCGCUUUAAGUGCGUGCAAGAGGCGGAAGAGACGUUACUGAUCGACAUAGCUACAAACACAGGCUGUAAGGUCCGAAUACAAGGUGACGAGACGGUGGAGCGGCUCUUCGAAAUCCCUGACGAGGAGCGCUGCUUAGGGUUCCUCUCCGAGGUGCAGAGCAUACAGGAAGCCCACCUGAAAGCUUCUCUUCCUGACCCUAAGGACCCGGCCGGCUGGCAUCAGGUGGAGAAGAACCUCCCGGGUCUGUCGCAGGCCUCCUCCUCGGGAGCUCUGGGGUUUGAGGAUGACUUCAACACUCUAAGCCUUGAAGAGAAAAGAAACAUGCGAAACCACCAAACGGGAUCUCGCCGGGAACCCCCACCUCCUCCCGUGCCUCAAAAUAGGCAAUUUCACCGGGAGAGAGAAGGUGCCUCGAGAGACCAGCCCAAAGUGACCAACACCAUGCGCAAGAUGUUUUUGCCCAGCACCCAGUCGGGACAGAGAGAAGGCCUCAUCAAGCACGUGCUUGCCAAGCGGGAGAAGGCGUACGUCAACCUGCACAACUUCAGGUUUUUUGUGGGAACGUGGAACGUGAACGGGCAGUCUCCAGACAGCAGCUUGGAGCCCUGGCUGGUGUGCGACCCCGAGCCUCCGGACGUGUAUUGCAUCGGGUUCCAGGAGCUGGACCUCAGCACGGAGGCUUUUUUCUACUUUGAUUCUGCAAAGGAGCAAGAAUGGCUGGCUGCUGUGGAGAAGUCCCUGCACCCUCAGGCGAAGUAUAAGAAAGUGCAAAUGGUCCGUCUGGUUGGGAUGAUGUUGCUCAUAUUUGCGAAGAAGGAUCAGCUGAGCAACAUCAGAGAGAUCAUGACGGAGUCUGUGGGCACAGGAAUCAUGGGAAAGAUGGGCAACAAGGGCGGCGUGGCGGUGAGGUUCGUGUUCCACAACACCACCUUCUGCGUUGUCAAUUCCCACCUGGCUGCUCACGUGGAGGACUUCGAGCGGCGAAACCAGGACUACAAGGAUAUCUGUGCUCGGAUGAGCUUCGUGACCCCUGAUGACAGCCUACCUCAGCUCAACAUCAUGAAGCACGAUGUUGUCAUCUGGCUGGGAGACUUGAACUACAGGCUUUGUCUGCCUGAUGCCAGUGAAGUGAAAAGUCUCAUCAGCAAGAAUGAGCUUCAGAAAUUGCUGACGUACGACCAGCUGAAUAUUCAGCGCACUCAGAAGAAAGCGUUUGCAGAUUUCACCGAGGGAGAGAUUAAAUUCAUCCCCACGUACAAAUAUGACUCUAAAACAGAUCGCUGGGACUCCAGUGGAAAGUGUCGUGUGCCAGCGUGGUGUGACCGAAUCCUUUGGAGAGGAGGGAACAUACAUCAGCUCCGGUACUGCAGCCACAUGGACCUGAAGACUAGUGACCACAAGCCGGUCAGCGCGCUGUUCCGCAUCGGGGUAAGGAUUUUUCCCAUGCCAGG